AUGACAGCUGGGGAGCGGACAACUCUCUUCCGCUUCAACUUCUCACCAAAUGAUACCGUAUCUUACGAAAACGUAGCGGACCUCAAUACAGUUGAAGUUGUGAGCAGUCCAUUGAUUCUCAUUGACCUCACGGACAUUGCCCAGAGCAGAUCGAGCGGAGGCAUUCAAGUGUACGAGUCUGGCCGCGUCGUUGGCGACGGCACCUUCAGACCCUCUUUCGGUCAGGGAAGCUACAGGGCAUUCUUCUGCGCCGAUUUCCAGGGCGCUCCUAUUCGGAAAUCCGGCGUUUUCGAGGGGGACAACCCGCGCGUGACAGACAAAUAUCUAGCCGAGUUCACGCGUGGCAUACAUAACCCUACUGGUGCCGCUGGCGCAUGGCUGCAAUUUGAGCGUCCCACGACCAACCAGAUCCUUGCUAGAGUCGGCCUGUCCUUCAUCUCUGUCAACAAAGCUUGCGAGAAUGCCGAGAGAGAUAUCCCCAAAUUCGACUUUGACGGUACUGUGCGUGCUGCGGAAUCGACUUGGGCCGACAAGCUCUCAACGGUGGAUGUCAGCACGGAAGGCGUCAGUGAAGACAUGAAGACCGUAUUCUGGUCGGGUCUGUAUCGGAGCCUGCUGUCACCGCAGAACUACACUGGCGAAAACCCGUUAUGGGAGUCGUCCGAACCGUACUUUGACUCGUUCUACUGCAUCUGGGACUCAUUCCGAGCGCAGCAUCCACUCUUGACCAUCAUCGACCCAGAAGCUCAAACGCAGAUGGUACGAACAUUGCUAGAUAUCUUCAGAUUUGUUGGAAAGCUUCCAGACUGCAGAAUGUCUUUCUGCAAGGGGUUUAGCCAAGGAGGUUCGAAUGCGGAUAUCGUGAUCGCAGAUGCAUACUUGAAGAACAUGACCAACGGGGUCGACUGGAAGACCGCAUACGAGGCCGUGGUCUCUGAUGCCGAAGUGGCACCGCAGCACUAUGGCGUCGAAGGCCGCGGCAAUCUGCAAAGCUGGUUUGGCUUGGGAUACAUCGCACAGGAUCAUAUGGACAAAGUAUCGACCGGUCCACACAGCAGGUCUAUUUCUCGGACCGUCGAGUACGCCUACGACGACUUUUGCAUCGCAGAGAUGGCCCAGGGACUCGGCCACCAGGAAGAUUUUGAGAAGUACAUGCAACGCAGUGCAAACUGGCAGAACCUCUGGAAUCCGACCCAAGAGGACAUUAUCCAAGACAGGGACAAAAAGGAGGUCGAGAGAACGAAGUACACAGGAUUCCUGAUGCCAAAGUUGAUGAACGGCUCGUUUACGUACCAGAACACGCGUGUUUGUUCGCCCAACACAGAACAGCAUCUCUGCUACUUCGACACUGCCCAGGCGACAUACGAGGGCUCACCCUGGCUGUACUCGUUCUUCGCACCGCAGGAUAUGGCAACUUUGAUCAAACUGAUGGGAGGUCGGGAUGCGUUUGUCGACAGGCUCGAAUACUACCACAGCGGCAACAUUGUCUACAUGGGCAACGAACAGGCGUUCCUUACCGUGUUCCAGUUCCAUUAUGCGGGUAGACCCGGCCUCAGCUCCCGCACCACACGGAGCUACAUUCCUUCGCAGUUUAAUGCCACGAUCAACGGCAUCCCUGGCAAUGACGACUGUGCAAUGGGUGCUUUCAGCGCGCUUGCCAUGAUGGGGUUCUUCCCCGUCGCGGGGCAGGACGUAUACCUCGUCAUCCCGCCAUUCUUCCCCGAGGUGCGGCUUAAGAGCCGGGGUCCUAAGCCCGUUGUUAUCCGAAAGGUCGCAAAGGAUGACAAAGAACUUGCCGAGGGUAUCUACAUUCAGAGCGCCACUCUAAACGGGAAACCGUACACGAAGAAUUGGAUAAACCACGAGUUCUUCUACCACGGCGGUGUGUUGGAGCUGACCGUCGGUACGAAGGAGAGUGACUGGGGCACCAGAGAGGAAGAUGUGCCUCCCAGCUAUACAGCGACACCAAAGACAAUAGCGCCAACUCGAACCCAAGGUUGA